UGCCCUGGGCCUCCUAAUCGAUAUCUAAACGGACCUACCGCUGCACACACCACACAAAGCACAGCACCAAAAGCACAAGAGAACCUUCUUCAUCAUCUUCUUAUUCUUCUUCUUCUUCUUGAUUAACCAGUCCAAGAAGAAGAGUCCGCCGUGGUUUUCUAGGUAAUAAUCCAACUUUCUAAGUUAGGCAUGGAGGCUGUAGAUCCGGCGGUGGUGGUGAGCUGCGAGUGCUGCGGCCUGGAGGAGGAGUGCACCGGCGAGUACAUUGGCGGCGUGAGGGCCUGCUUCGGGGGCAGGUGGCUGUGCGGGCUGUGCUCCGAGGCCGUCAAGUACGAGGCCGGCCGCAGCAAGCGCACCGCGGCCAUGGGCGUGGAGGAGGCCGUGCGGGCGCACAUGGCCUUCUGCCGCAUGUUCAGGCGCGGCGGCCCCGCGGAGCGCGUGGCCGAGGGCAUGUGCCGGAUGCUUAGGCGCACCGCGUGCGAGAAGCACCGGGCCACCUCAUCGUCCUCGUCGCGGCCGACAGCGCCGGCGACGGUAGCGUCAGCGUCCGGGCACCACCGCGCCUCGGUGCCGUCCCCCCGAGUUGAUGUCUGCUUCUUGAGACGAGGUGAUGCUUCGGACAUACGUCUUCCUCGGCAAAGCUAGCUAGCUAUAUAUAUGCCAAUAUGCAUGUGGUGUAGUAGUAUAUUUUGUUUUGAAUCUAUUCCGAAAACUACACACAAGUGUUUGAUGGAGUAUUAUAUACGAGGUUAAAGCUCAAUUAAUCUUCACAUGAAGAUCUUGAUCUACCCAACGAGCGAGCAGCUGUUCUUGGCCCAAAUCCUUUCGCCGUGUAAUAAUAUACG